AUGGUGUCAACUACAGCAAUAUGGGAAAUGCCGGAGUUUUAUCAUCUAGAUAAUGAUUUUUUUCGACCACAAGAAAAGAAACAACUACAGAAUGCCUACGAAAACUUUAUUCUCAAUACAAAACAUAAAUCUUUUGAUCGCGACGAUCAAUACGACGAUGAAGACAAUGCACAGAUGUUAUUACAAUCGAAAAUCCAAUUAUUUCAAUUGUUCGUUCGUACACAGCCGGUUAACAUUCGUAGUUUUAGUUUAUUUCAUCAACAACAACAACGUGUGUUUGUCGAACGACUCUUUUAUCUUGUUUUGAAUAACGUUGAACUAACCCAUUUUUCGACUUUUAAUGUCGGAUCAAUCAUUAACAUAAGUAAAGAAUUAGAAAAAUAUCAACGUUCAACUAAUAAAACUAUCUUAAACACCGGCAAACUCAAUACCGUUGUACAAUUCGUUCUCUCCUUUUCAUCAUCAAGUAUCUCGUCGUUUCAAUUGAAUAAUCUUUUCUAUUUAUUACUAAACGAUAUGAAUGAUUUCUCGGGAAAAAUUAUCGAUCGAAUCGCUGAAGUAUUACGAAUAUAUCAUUCGAUGACAUAUGGCCACACAAUCACCAAACAAUACUUAAUCACAACAAUCGACAAUGCCAUCAGUACGAUUAAUUUUGUUAAUCCAAUUGUUUAUCCGUUGUACGCCAAUUUUCUCAACUCUUCCUUUGUUUAUAAAGGACCAUUAAUAUUAACAACACCGAACAGUCAUACAUCUCUAUCAUUAUAUACCAUUAUUCAAAAUUUAGCGAUUGUUCUAUUGGGCCUAACAGUGGAUGAUUUCGAAUGCGAAGAAAUUUAUCUUUCGUUGACAUCGGAACAAUGUUAUCACACACGUUUAUGUGUGCGUCAUUUAACUUAUCUGUUCAGACAUUAUCAUUAUACAUUCGAAUAUCCACUAAGUCAUUUGAAUAAGCAAAUUAUUAUGCAAAUCAUGAAUUUAAUCGUGUUUCACGAGAUGACGUUCGACAAGUUGAAAAUUCUUUUAAAUUUGUAUAUAAAAUACGUUCACGGAUUUGCGUUAGUGAACAUCAAACGUCUUCUAUACGAUCUCUUACUAAAUGCAUCAUUGGAAUUGUUUACGAUCGAAACAAUUCGUCAUUUUAUCGAACUAAAUCGUUCUCGAUCGAAAUUACUCGUUUCAGAAAAUGAAAAUUCAACCGUCGAUGACGAUGGUUGGCUUACCAGUGAUCAGAUCCGAUUGGUUCUGCAUAAAUUGUAUUCAAAUAAUGUUUAUCAAGAGAUUCUUCUCCCGUUUAUCAAUGGCGAUUGUCAAGAAGAACGUUCUUUAGUUGAUAUUCUAACAUAUUUAGAUCAAAUUCACGAAUGCGACGAAGAACAAGUCAUUGAUGUACAAGAGAUGAAAAUCAAACUGACAAUAUACCCAUAA